AUGUUGGUCUUUUUUUUUUUUGCUUGUACAAUCAUUCAGGGCAUCUUAAUGUCGACCACUUCUUUCGGGUACAGAGUCACGGGGGAUCACGCAGCCCACACGGAGGUAUCACGUGCCCUCUUCAGCUCAAACGAUAGCUCAACACGGCAGCACCUUUGCUCACUAUGUUUCAAGUACCAAAUUAAGCAAUGUAUUCCCCUUCAUCCAUUGGAACACUCGGAUACCGAGCGGUAUUGUUUCGCAUGCAGGAAAUGCGCGUCCCAGUGGCGGAAUGUGCGGGGAAGUGAAGGAACCCCGAUAUUAAUGUCAUGCCCAAGUUGUUUUGUCUCUAUGCCUACCAAUGCCAUCACUAAUGGGGUUGGAGAUGGAGAUACAAUUAUUCAAACUGACAAAGAGGUUGGUGAAGCCGACACCUCCUCAUCGGUGCCAUUGAAUGAUGGGUUUACAGAUGUGGAAAGGGAGAGCGGAAUAUGCGGUGCAUGUGAGAGGGAAGGUGCUAAUCUCUUUUGUGUUCCCUGCGGUUUCCCUUUAUGUGAAAUCUGUAUGGUGUCCUCUCAUCAACGUGGCCGGUAUACGACACACAAAAUCGUCCCUUUAAAGUCGGCAAUACACAUGGAGCCGAAAGUUUGCAAUACUCAUCCUUCCCAGCCACUAAAUGCAUAUUGCGUUACGUGCUCGACGGUUAUUUGCAUUAACUGCUACUUGGAAGGUGCACAUAAAGGUCAUUCGAUGGAGUCUGUUGAAAGCGCUGCUCGCAGGACCCGGUUGGAAGUGCAGGAACAGGUGGAAAAACUUCGAGUAUCUGCUGCAGCCACACAAAGUUUGUCAGCUGACAUUGAACAACGGUUACUGCCCUUGUGUAACAAAGCUUUAGUAUUCAGGCAGGAGGCGGUUAAAAAGUGCUUCAACACACUUCGGAAUGCUCUUGAGGAGCGUGAGUGUUUGAUGAUGAAUCAGGUAUCUAACGACGUGGUUCAUCUCAGCAACACAUUCUCGUCACUUAAUACCCAAUGCAAAGUCGCGAACGCAACCUUCCAAUAUACUAUUGAGUCAGUGAGGAAUACAUUAGAGGCGAUGGAUGAUUCCGAGGUGACAAAGUUCGGUGAGAUGAUGAAAAAGAGUUUAGCCACCGUUCAAGAGACGUCAAAAUGUAUGAGUGACUGUUGCCACAGCACGGCCCAAAUCCAAAGCGAACAACUUUCAUCGCGUUAUGGUUCGGAGAAUUUAAUAAGUGUUGCUCAAGAAGAUGAAGUCAUAAGACUUAUUAGAAGCCUGAGCUUUUCAUCUAAUUCAAGCGCGGCACCCCCCGCAAGCCGGCCCACUGUAGCAUUACGAGGUACUACUAGUGUAACACAUGUUGAUGUGAAAACACCGGAGUUAACCUUAGAGUGCCGGAAAACCAGGCGGGCCGCGUGUAUUGAGAGGAAAGAGCCAAUCUGUCCUUCCUUUACUUCAUUGGAACGCAGAACUGUUGCAUUUAGGGAAAUUCCCACCUUGGGCGCGCACCGCCACUUGAAAGCUGAGUUGCAAGGGAUGGAAGAUGUAAGUUAUAACGUUUUACAGAUGGGAAGUGAAGGCAAUGUUCCAGCAAAAACUUCCAGGCGUCUUGAAUUGUCAAAGUUAGAAUUGAAGAAGUGGGAUUCCACAUGUGGUUCCGCUCAGGUUGACGCCGUGGCCAUUGGAAAACAUUCUGUUGGUGAGGCAACCGAUGAUAGCGAGUUAUUAGUGGGGCGCAAGAGAAGUAGGUGA